AUGAACUCGACCCUGAAUGAGGGCGAGAGCUUCCUGCGCGACGAGGAUCAUGGUGUGCCUGAGGAUGAGAAUGGUCAAGAGUCAGGAGCGCAAGACGACCAUGAUGUGCCAGACAUAGUCCCGGCCGAACCACACGAGCUGGCGGAGGGCGCGACUGAGACACUUGAUGCAGUGCUGGAGGAUGAAAAUGGAGAAAGUGGUCAAAUCGACGGAGAGAUUGCCUCAGAUGGGCCGGGAACAAAUGGGACGGACAAUAUCCCUCCCUUUGAUGAGGCGACGAAUCUCCUGAGUAUUGACGACUCGGCUUCGAUUCCCGACGAUACACCUUCUGUACAAGACUCGGUGCUUUCCUCCCCUCGAAGUGAUGCGGGCUCAGUCCGCAGUCCCGGCCGCAGAGGCAGCCCCUCGACUAUCCACCGUCCCUUUGAUAUUCGAUUUCAGUCUCGGCUGUCAAGCUCGCAACUCUCACCUCUGCGCUCGAGCUCACCCGCAUUUCUCAACGCCCAUUCCCGUCACGCCUCUGCUGCCAGUCAUGGACUGCACACUCCUUCCGAGCCGGACGAGACCAUAAAUCCGUGGGAUGUGAUCAGAUGGAGCAAGUUCAGAAAGAUCACGGGGCAAGCAUUCUCGGAGAUUGGGAAGAGAAAUUUUGGAAGCCCAAUCUGUCUGGCGGUGGCAGAUCAGUUGGUGCUGGGGACAUCCAAGGGGAUUGUUCUCGUCUUUGAUCACCAUCAAAACCACAAAGCAAUCAUCGGAAGUGGCACGAAAGCUGCUGAGAGUGGCGCUGUAACGGCGCUUGCAAUAUCUGCUGACCAUACUACUAUCGCCGUUGGACACGAAACAGGCCACAUCUUUACCUGGGAACUUGCCAGACCUUCUAGACCCUUUUUACACAUCCAGCCAAUUGAAGCCUCUCAGCCUCAAGCUCGAAAGGGUGACGGUCAUAUAUCAGACAGCGCCGUGCUGCACAUCGGGUUUCUAGGCUACCGGCACACUGCGCUCGUCUCCGCCGAUGAUAAAGGCAUGGCAUUCUCACACCUAGCAACACGUGGCAUGGGAGCAGUUGGCCGCGUUGUCCGCACUACUCGAAUCCUUGGGCGGUACCCCGAGCUUGUCUCACGAUCAUCGAAGCCCUUGAAGAAAAGCUCUGUGCUAGCAUUUUCACCAUUGCCAUUGGGGAAUAUAGAGCAAAGGACCGAUAGUCUGGGUCUCGUGGCAAUGCUGACACCAUAUUUGCUUGUCAUUGUCUCAACUACACCCGUUGCACAGACCCAACAUAAAGCUGCUCGGCCCAAAGAGGUCGCAGCGCACAGUGCUAUGACCGCGGCAUUGGCAUGGUUUCCAGCCAUCAAGCUCAAGUCCCAAGACUCUGAAACUUCAAAGACCAAGCUUGUUUAUGCCUGGUCUAAUAUCCUCACGGUCCUGGAAGUUCACGGGACUCAGGGAGAUGACGAUACUGAAAAGAACAAACCUCCCGACCUGCAAUUCUUAGCUCGAAGCCGCUACCAAGCGGACGAAGCAAUUGUGGCUGUUCAGUGGUUAAAUAGGUCGGUGCUGGCCGUCUUGACCAUCACGCAGCAGCUCCUUAUCAUCGAGGAUCUUACUAUGCACGUAACAGAAGCCUUUGACCUGUUGAAGAAGAACAUCUAUCAUGCAGAUCUCUACUCGCAGCAGCUGCGAGCCAUCAUUGAACAGCUUGAUGAAGAAGAUACAUCCAUGCACGGUGUAGUUGCAGAUGCGUUUCACAUGAGCUUCCGGGCGUAUAAAGGCAGGCUGUUCUUGCUUGGCUUCAAUGAUGUUUGGACUGGCGUCCUUACCAAUUGGGCUGAUCGCUUGUUAGCCAUGAUAAACGUCGGUGAUUUCAUUGGUGCCAUCCGGCUUGCUACCAAAUAUUACCAAGGCGAAGGGGAAAAGGCCACCAUCGGCCUGCCCGAGGAAGACAAUGUUCGAGCAGGAGUCGUUAAGGAGAAGCUUGUCGAGAUGAUGAGCGCCUCCUUGAAGUACGCCUUUGGUAAGAACCAACAAGCUGGGAGUGAUCAGAUCGAAAAGCCACAGAUGGCCGAGCUUGCAGACGCUUGUAUCAAGGCAUGUCUUGUCAUGGAAGACGAGGACUUCCUUUUCGAAGAAGUGUUUUCUUGGUAUGAGGAGCACGAGCAGGGACAUCUGUUUGUGGAUGUCCUUGAACCAUACAUCCUCGAUCAAACCAUCUCCUCUGUGCCUCCGCCUGCUCUAAAGACUCUGAUCAACCACUUUGUACAAACACAUACUCCAUCGGUGCUGGAGGAGAUCAUCUGCAUGCUGGACACUUCGACAAUGGAUAUUGAUCAAGUGACGACCCUGUGCAAGCAAUAUGCCCUAUAUGACGCCUACAUCUACGUCUGGACAAUGGCCCUCCAGGACUUUACGACACCCUUGAUGCUGCUACUUGAGCUGGCGAACAAUGAGGACCCUCCGCGCCAGCGCCAGCAAGUUGUCAACAUGGUCGAUAGGUACAAUAUUGCCCAGAAAAUCUUCCCCUACAUGUCCUUCAUCCUCACCGGUCGCGUGUAUCCCACCGGGAAUAUGCUAGGCGAAGAAGCCUCCGUGCUUGCCAAAGGUCAGGUCUACGACUACUUCUUUUCCGGGAGUUCAGGGGCAAAUGGCGUGGCUCAAAGGAGGAGCAAUUCCUUCUUGAACCCCACAGUCUCUUUUGAGAACCUGUCUCGGGUGCUCCAUUUCGACACCGCAAGUUUCAUUGCCGCUUUGAAUGAGGCGUUUGAAGACAGCUAUCUCAACUUGGGUGACGACGACGUGCUCAAUAGUCUCAGUCUAAAACAAGCAGCAGCAACUCAUACCUAUACCCGCCAAUACGUCGUUCGCAUAUUGCUGGAGGUAAUGUCAUCGGGUUUCGACUCUGAUGACACGAUUUAUCUGGACAUGUUCAUCGCGCGCAACCUGGCCAAAUACCCUCAAUACUUGGUGCUCUCGGGCACAGUCUUACAAGAGAUCUUUAUUCGGUUGUGUCAAUACCCGGAAGAUGACAUGCAAGAAGAUGCCGAGUUGAGCAUCGAAUACCUCCUUUCCGUGUACCAGCCACCCAACGUCCUCGACUUUGUUCCAUUACUCCGAGAAGCCAGAUUCUACCGCGUGCUCAAGUCUGUCUUCAAGCAAGAACGUCAAUACGCUGAUAUGAUUUCGACUUUCUUCGUGGACAGUCAAGACCGAGUGGGCGUAUUUGCCUCCAUUGUCGAAUGUCUCCGGUUAGAAUCACCUCUAGCACAACGCCAGCGUCAAGAGGUCAGAGAUGUCAUACAGAAACACGCGCUUGACCUGAUCAACAUCGAUGUCCAAAGGUGUGCCUCUACUAUCGACGAGGUGGCGCCGGACCUGCACCACGUUUUCCUGCAAACAAUGGCCGAUGAUCUCUCUGAACAGUUUGAGUAUCUGAGAACGCUUCUGGAACCCGAAGAACAUCUGAGCUCGCGUCGGAACUAUGACCAUGAGAUCAUGGAGCUUUAUGUUCGCCUCCUAUGCCGAUUCGACCCUUCACACGUGAGAGAUUAUGUGGAGAAUAUAAAGGAAGGAGAUAUCCGACUCGCGGAGGUCCUUCCAACGAUCGAGGACAAUGGCAUCAUCGACGCUGUGGUGAUCCUGCAGGUUCGCCAGGGCCAGGUGAAGGAUGCGAUGGAUCGUUUGACACGACACUUGGCUCUCUUGGGCUCGACCCUGAAGAGCUUAAAGUCAGAUCUGGUUGACCAGGAAGACGAUUCAUCCGUCAUCCACCCGGCCACGAAUGUUCUUGAGUCGCUAGAAAAGUACACCCGCGUGGGCAUCUGGUUGUGCCAGGGACAGAUGAAGAAUGCACCCAAGUCACUGGCGGUUGCCAAAUCCCCGAGAAGAUCCGCCAGUGCGAACCGUGCGCUGUCUUUUCAAGAAAACCUCUGGCUUGAACUAAUUCUGAGUGUGGUGUCGAUCGCCCGCGAUGUCUCUAUCCAUGCUCUGGUGAAUGAGCAGACACACGAAGACCCAACAGGUCUCGAAAUCACGCAAGCCCUACGCACAACCAUUCAGCAGGUCUUCACCGCACUCCUGACCAGUACUACGUCGAUGCGAGACGGUGCUUCCGGCCGAGAUAUGAUGUUCCUACGCAUUCUACGUGCAUUCCUCUCUCAUGCUGCCGAAGCGAGCCCGUCUUUAUCAGAACUGCGGAAUGUCAUCAGCUCCAUCUUUGCGGCCUAUGCCUAUGAGGAGUCACUUCUGGGUCUCUCGAACUCGAUGCUCGACAAGGAUGUGUUUGUACGCUUGGACGAAGUCGCUGGUCUUCGACAACGCGGUUGGAGGCCUCGAGGGCAGGUAUGCGAAGUGUGUCGACGACGCAUCUGGGGUCCCGGUGUCGGCGAAAGAGUUUGGGAGCAAUGGCAGAAAAGAGAAGAAGGCCGGCUCCUCCGCCGACGCCGCACCCAGGACAAUGAAUCUGUGGUCGAGGACGAUGAGACUCGAGGGAAGGGGAAAGCCACGGUCGGUGUCAGCUCGCAGGAGCCCUUGGAAUCUGAGGGUGGCGGUGCAGGCACUGAUCUGGCUGAGGAGCUCGGACCGAUUGUGGCGUUUUCAUGCCGCCAUCUGUACCACCAGAAAUGCCUGGGACAACCACGGAUGGAAGAUGGCGUUCCUCAACUAGACCCGGAUCCGACGAAUGGGUAUGUGCAAUAUGUGGACCAGAACACUGCACAGCGCGGCGGCCUCAUAAACACCGACAGCGGCGCCGUCUAUAUGGGUGUUGACCAUACAAAUGUUGCGUCGGGUUCCGGUCGUCAAAGCGUCCGCCUGACGAGCAAAAAAUCUUACAACCACGGUCUCAUUAUUCUCGACCUUUCCCAUAUGCCAGGUGGAAUCUGUGGUGCUUGGCCUGCCUUUUGGACUGUCGGACCCAACUGGCCGAACGCAGGAGAAAUCGACAUUAUCGAGGGUGUCAACUUGCAAACUUCCAAUGCCAUGACCCUACACACCAACGCUGGGUGUAGCAUUUCUAACAACGGCAUGUUUUCAGGCUCGGUAGCCACGUCCAACUGCGAUAUCAAGGCUGCGGGCCAAGCAACCAAUGCGGGCUGCUCAAUCUCGACUCCCAACGACGCCACCUACGGAACAGGAUUCAACGAUGCUGAAGGGGGCGUAUACGCAACUGAAUGGACCUCGUCUGCCAUCAACAUAUGGUUCUUUUCGCGCUCAGCCAUCCCCUCAGAUAUAUCCUCGGGGUCACCCGACCCGGGCAACUGGGGGCAACCUCUGGCUUCGUUUGGCGGAAGCUGCAAUAUCGAUGAGUUCUUCAACAACCAGCAGAUCGUCUUUGACACGACCUUUUGCGGCGACUGGGCUGGCAAUGUAUGGGAUUCUGACCCUGUGUGCAAAUCUAAAGCGUCCACCUGCGAGAGCUACGUCCAAAACAACCCAUCAGCGUUCCAAGAUGCUUUCUGGACCGUCAACUCUCUUAAGGUCUUCCAGGGCAGCGGUAGCCAGGGUCCCAACGCCACUGCGCCAUUCCCAUCGUUCUCGUCGCAUGCGCCCACUGCCUCUGUCAGCAUUCCUGGUGGACCGCCAGGACCGCCGCCCGUCGGCCCUACCCAAACCAGCUUCUACUCAGCUCCUACAACGGGUUUCAGUCGUGGUGGUAAUGGCCGCCAUACCAAGACGUUCGGAACCUAUGAAGCCACAGCGGCCAACUUUGUGGCCGUGCCAACUACAGCGUCAGUGGCAGCGGCGUCGUCUGCAGCGUCGUUCGACGGGCAAGUCUCUUCUAUGACAGUUGGACCACCAGUUGUCGCUGUGGUCUCGUCGGACGGCACCAUCAGCGAUGCCCAAGAGUCUGGUGCCUCGCCACCCGCCACCACCCCUACCCCUCCGGCCGGGUCUUCAGACAACAACGAGAAGAACAACGCCGCCGCCCCUGCCGCCGUCACAUGCACGACCGUCAGUGCCCUGGGCUACAAGGACUUCCAGAGCUGGGACGGGGACAAGAAGAGCCGGCGCGAGGCAGGUCCGGAGCCUGGCAUCUUGUCCUCGUCGGCGGAAACGCUGCCUUUCCUCGACGAGGCACACGCCAAACGCCACUUGAGUCGGCACGGGCGCCGCGACAUACACCGCCACCUGUUCAGACACGGUGCUGCGGCGGCUGGUCCGGGGAGUGAGGAGUGA